AUGCAGCUUGAAGUAGUGGCCCCAGAACUACUCAAAUUCCAAGUCUCCGACGGAGUGGCCGGAAAUGGUCUCGAAGAAGUCCACUCUAAGUUCCCUAUCGACAUGUCCAACCCGGCAGCUGUUGACCCCGAGGAUCUCGCCAUUCUAAAAGCGGCGCGCAAGACUGCCGAAAACGCUGAGACCAAAGCCGGUGGUUUUAAUGAAGCUAUAAAGGCAGCUGGCGGCAAGAACACGACCCAGGGCAGGGCGUUGCAGAUCGGCAAGAUAAAGAAUAAGGUGCUGAAACUGCAGCUGCAGGUGACGACCCUUAUCAUCGAGGGAGCGCAGGGCAAGGAUACUGCAGCCAAGUUGGCCGAAGAGAAGGCUAAGCUGGAGAAAAAUGUUAAGCUGGAUCGUGAGGCGGCUGGGCAGAGGAGUCAGAGCGUCGAUUUCCAGGGUACCAGUCAGCCGCAAUGA